CUUGCCCCCCGUUCCUGCGCAGCCCCUGUGCUUCAGGCGCCUGGCUCCUCAUGCUGCUGAGCGAGUGCUGACCCCGGACACACACACGCUGCACGAUGGGGAAGGCAGCUAAGCAGAGGAGAAAAGGCCAAGUGGCUGCCAGGCCCAAGGGCCCGAGUGGGGCGGGCACGAGCAUGGUAAAGAACAACCCUUUCGAGGUGAAGGUCAACAAGCAGAAGUUUCAUAUCUUGGGACGGAAAACCAAACACGACGUGGGGCUGCCGGGCAUCUCGCGCUCCAAAGCUGUCAAAAAGCGUACACAAACUUUAUUGAAAGAAUACAAAGAACGGGGAAAGUCCAAUAUAUUUAAAGAUAAACGUUUUGGUGAAUAUAAUACCAAAAUAAGUCCAGAGGAGAAGAUGAUGAAGAGGUUCGCUUUGGAACGGCAGCAAAACCAUGAAAAGAAAAGUAUCUAUAACCUCAAUGAAGAUGAAGAACUGACCCACUAUGGCCAAUCUUUAGCAGAUAUUGAAAAACUUAAUGACAUUAUUGAGAGUGACAGUGAUACUGAAGAAAGAGGAAUAUUGUCAGGUAGAAAAAUCAAAUUGAUACCUUAAUACAUUUUUAUCCAAUGUAAUUUUCAUUCUUAACCCAACUGUGAAAAUUGUUGUAUGGCUGG